AUGGUGCUCCUGCCUGCUGCUCAGCCUGCCUCCAGGCAAGCUGCCUCAUCGGUUCUGCGCCCAGCUACCGCCGCUGCGUCUCAGCAAUCCAGAGCUGUUCACGACUUGGUCAUCAAACGCCGCACCGGUCAGCCUAUCAUCCGUGCCGGCCCAUACGGAGGCGGUCGGUGAGUCGAGCUUGCUCAUGCGUAGAGAUUAUGUCCCCACCUUCUUGCUGAUACUUUCAUGUGCGGCUCUUGCCAUGUCAGAUCGUCGGUGUCGGGUCAUGUCGCGACCGUGUUCGGCUGCACUGGCUUUCUUGGCCGAUAUGUAGUGAACAGGUUGGCGCAGAAGGGCACUCAGGUCAUUGUGCCCUACAGAGAUGAGGACGAGAAGCGACAUUUGAAGGUCAUGGGUGACCUUGGACAGAUCGUGCCGCUUGUAAGUCAGCAAUGGACAGGUGUGCAGGCUGCCCCUUGCUUGCCGAUGAAGCACGCCGCUGGGCGGAAUGGCCAUGCGGAAGGCAGCCCUGAGCUGACUGAGCUUCAACACGUCGUGCUUAGGAAUGGGACAUUCGAAGCGAUGAGCAAAUUGAGGAGUGCUUGCGUCACUCUGAUGUGGUGUUCAACUUGACUGGGAGGAACUACGAGACCAAGUGAGUGCAACGUACGGCACAGCCUCGCACAGGUGAAAUCGUCUCAGACGACUGACAUCGAAUUUGCUCGCGUGCAGGAACUUCUCCUUCAACGACGUCCACGUCUCUGGAGCUCAGCGAAUUGCAGGAGUGGCGGAUGCAUGCGGAGUCUCGAGAUUGAUUCACGUGUCUCACCUGAAUGCCGACAAGAACAGUCCAUCCGCAUUCUUGCGCACAAAGGCAGAAGGAGAGGAAGCUGUGAACAGAGUCUUUGAGGGCGCGACUAUUGUGCGACCAGCAUCUCUGUACGGCCACGAGGAUCGCUUCCUGAAUCAAAUGGCAAGUGAGUAGCGAAUUGCGGCAGGCUUGGUACAGUCGUUGGUGCGUCAGGGUGUCAGGUAGCAUGUCAAUUGGGUCGUUGCGACGGUCCAGUGCGCAGGAGGUGCCGGAAUGUCGACCGGGCCAAUGCUCUACGAGCAGCGCUUCAAAGGCCGGAUUCACUGCUUUCGACGUUUCUUUGGCGCAUUUAGUCAUAUUGACACACAAUCCCGUUUCUUUUCUUAGGCUGGCCAAUCACCUGGCAUGCAAACCAUGGCCGAACAAAGCUGCGGCCAGUCCACUCUCUCGAUGUUGCGCAAGCCCUCGAGGUCAUCAUGGAUGCAGAAAAUACGUCCAUCGGACAGACAUUCUCUCUGGCAGGCCCUAAGACCUACACUGUCUCUGAGCUUCUCAACCUCGUCCAGUCCUUGACCUUCAGGAAAUUGGUUCGCCCCUCUUUGAACAUCCCCAAAGCAGUGCUGAUGCUCGCUGCCAAAGCAGGCGACAAGGUGUGGUGGCCCAUGCUCUCGCCGGAUGAGGUGACAAGACGCUACAUCGACGACUACCCCGAUGCGCCUGGCACCAAGACCUUUGCCGAUCUUGCCAUCGAGCCAGACACCUUCGAAGAAGUCGCCAUCACGUAUCUUCGCAGAUACAGAUCUCAGCUGCAUUUCGAAAGGCCCAUCGAGACGGGUGGCGCACGCCUCAAAGGUGGCAAGCAGCCCUACAGAGUGGUGGACUAA